AUAAAAUGGGUUGCUUAUUAAAUGUAUUUUCUCGUUAAUAAUUGGAUAAGAAAAAAAUCGCAUUGCUUUAAAAGUUGUUCUUAUUAUUAUAAUAAAAGCGUAGAUGAAGUUGAUGAAAUUAGAGAGAGAAUUACAAGUUAUAGUAUUUAAAAUUAGUACAUAAAUUAAGAAAAAAUUAUAGAUGAGAAACCUUAUAGAGAUUUUACAAAAGUAAUAAAUCAUUUAGAUACUAAAGAUUAAAUUUUUGACUGCAAAUGAACACAAUAAGAUAUAUUUAGUUUAAAAUUAGAAAGAUAAUGAAUAUUACAUAUUGAAAUCAAUUAAUAAGUAAUAAUUAGAGUACUCAGGGAUGUAAGAAUAGCUUUAAAAUGAACUUAAAUUUUAAAAAGAAAUAAAGGGAGAAUUUAUCUAAAAAUACUAUUAGGAUUUUAUGACAAAAAAGAAAUGUUAUAUGAUUUUAGAAAAUGUUUAAGGUGGAAGUUUAUAAUAAUUAAUGUAAAGAAAGUAAAUGAGUGAAAUGGAAAUUCGAUUUUAUAUAGCAGAAAUAUUGAUUGCUUUAUAGGAUCUUCACAAUAAUAAUAUCAUUUAUAGAAAUUUGAGUCCUAAUAAUGUUUUAAUUGAUAAUUAAGGUCACAUAAGAUUAUCUGAUUUUUCAUUAUGUCAUUUUGGGAUUGAAUGCAAUUCUCUUAAUGGGAAUAUUUAUUACUAAGCUCCAGAAGUGAAUUAAAUAAAUAAUUAAAAUUAAUUAUCAGAUUAUUGGAGUUUAGGUGCAUUGAUGUAUGAAAUGUUUUUUGGAUAUCCUCCAUAUUUUCAUCCAAAUAUAAAGAUUUAUAAGAAAAAUAAGAGAGAUUAAAUGCUUAUUAUUCCUAAUUAAAUUUCUGAAUCUAGUCAAUAAUUACUUAGAUAAUUAUUAAAUAAUGAAGUAUAUUAUGGAUUAUAAUUAUAUAAGAUAUAACAAAGAAUACAAAAUGAAUCCAUAAAAAAGGUAUAAUAUCAUCCAUUUUUUGAUGGUUUGGAUUGGUAAUUAACAAAAACAAAAUAAUUAUAGAGUCCAUUUAUUCCAGAACUCAGAUCAAAAUCAGAUAUAAAUUAUUAUUUAUAAGAAUAAAAAUAUUUAAAAAAAGUGGAGUAAUAAAUAUAAUGA